AUGGACCAUAAUGAGCAAGCGGCAUCCAAGGAGGAUGGUCAGGAGCCUGGCAAGAGCAAGGACUGCGGCGCCUUCUCCAUUGACAGCCUGCUUGCAGCAAGUCGGGUUCCUCGCGGGCGUCGCCCAAAUGCAAAGUAUCCUCGAGUUCAGGCAUGCAAGAAUCUUUCACCAUUCAUGCUGCCAUUGUUCCCAAUUACUCAACCGGCUGGAAGGACGAUCCGGGAGUCUUCACCUCAGCAUGCAACACGACUGCCACCAACAACACCACAGCACAGCUCUCAGCAAUCAUCGAGGGAACACCUGACACAGCUUGUGCUUAACACGACCAAAUCAACUUGA